CCUCGGCAAGGGUGGGGGCUGCUGCGGCGCGGCCGGCCGCGGGCUGCCGGGGGGCGGCCGCCGCUACCCGGAGAGGCGCGCAGAGGCGCCGAGAGCGCUCCCCGGCGGGUCCCCCGCGCACUCGCCGCGCCCGGGCAGCGGCCCGACCGGGCGAGCAUGGGCGGCGCGGAGUGACGCCGCUGUGCCCGCUUGGCAUCAAGGACAUUCAGCCCGCGGGGGUGGGGAAGAAGGGGGGCAGCCCCGCGUCGCCACCGCAGCCCCCGAGAGCCGCCGCCGCUGCUCGGGCUCCGGGGUUGGGUGGAGGAAAGGGGUGUUCGGAAUCGAUCCCCAUUUUCCGACCUUUUUGUUGGACAUUACGCCCACCUUGGACGCCGCAAGAGGACCUGUCAAGCCCCGCAGGCUCUGAUUCGGCGCCCUCCGCUUUCCUCGGCUGCUGCCGGCUUCCCUGUGCCUCGGUGGAGUAUUUGCGUUCGGGGCUGGGGCUGGAGGAGGCAGCCACACGCGCGCACACGCACACGUUCAGAGGAGGGCGAGAGGCAGCGGCAUAGGCUCCAUCUGCAGUGUCAAUGCGGCGCUCCCGCUGAAGGAGGGAAACGCGGCGCGUCCAGUAGGGGAGACUGCAUUGCUGAGUCCUGGCCCUCCGAGGGGACGACUGUGCCUGAGUGCUGCUGUGCCGCUGGGACCCGCCUCUGCCAUGAAAGCCAUGCCCUGGAACUGGACCUGCCUGCUGUCCCACCUCCUCAUGGUGGGCAUGGGCUCCUCCACUCUGCUCACUCGGCAGCCAGCCCCACUGUCCCAGAAGCAGCGGUCAUUUGUCACAUUCCGAGGGGAGCCCGCUGAGGGUUUCAAUCACCUGGUGGUGGAUGAGAGGACAGGACACAUUUACUUGGGGGCUGUCAAUCGGAUUUACAAGCUCUCCAGUGACCUGAAGGUCUUGGUGACGCAUGAGACAGGACCGGAUGAGGACAACCCCAAGUGUUACCCACCCCGCAUCGUCCAGACUUGCAACGAGCCCCUGACCACCACCAACAAUGUCAACAAGAUGCUUCUCAUAGACUACAAGGAGAAUAGGCUGAUUGCCUGUGGGAGCCUGUACCAAGGCAUCUGCAAGCUGCUGAGGCUGGAGGACCUCUUCAAGCUGGGGGAGCCUUAUCAUAAGAAGGAGCACUAUCUGUCAGGUGUCAAUGAGAGUGGCUCGGUCUUUGGAGUGAUCGUCUCCUACAGCAACCUGGAUGACAAGCUGUUCAUUGCCACGGCAGUGGAUGGGAAGCCCGAGUAUUUUCCCACCAUCUCCAGCCGGAAACUGACCAAGAACUCUGAGGCGGAUGGCAUGUUCGCGUACGUCUUCCAUGAUGAGUUCGUGGCCUCGAUGAUUAAGAUCCCUUCGGACACCUUCACCAUCAUCCCUGACUUUGAUAUCUACUAUGUCUAUGGUUUUAGCAGUGGCAACUUUGUCUACUUUUUGACCCUCCAACCUGAGAUGGUGUCUCCACCAGGCUCCACCACCAAGGAGCAGGUGUAUACAUCCAAGCUCGUGAGGCUUUGCAAGGAGGACACAGCCUUCAACUCCUAUGUAGAGGUGCCCAUUGGCUGUGAGCGCAGCGGGGUAGAGUACCGCCUGCUGCAGGCUGCCUACCUCUCCAAAGCGGGGGCCGUGCUUGGCAGGACCCUUGGAGUCCAUCCAGAUGAUGACCUGCUCUUCACUGUCUUCUCCAAGGGCCAGAAGCGGAAAAUGAAAUCCCUGGAUGAGUCGGCCCUGUGCAUCUUCAUCUUGAAGCAGAUCAAUGACCGCAUUAAGGAGCGGCUGCAGUCUUGUUACCGGGGUGAGGGCACGCUGGACCUGGCCUGGCUCAAGGUGAAGGACAUCCCCUGCAGCAGUGCGCUCUUAACCAUUGAUGAUAACUUCUGUGGCCUGGACAUGAAUGCCCCCCUGGGAGUAUCCGACAUGGUGCGUGGGAUUCCCGUUUUCACGGAGGACAGGGACCGCAUGACGUCUGUCAUCGCAUAUGUCUACAAGAACCACUCUCUGGCCUUUGUGGGCACCAAAAGUGGCAAGCUGAAGAAGAUCCGGGUGGAUGGACCCAGGGGCAACGCCCUCCAGUAUGAGACGGUGCAGGUGGUGGACCCCGGCCCAGUCCUCCGGGAUAUGGCCUUCUCCAAGGACCACGAGCAGCUCUACAUCAUGUCAGAGAGGCAGCUCACCAGAGUCCCUGUGGAGUCCUGUGGUCAGUAUCAGAGCUGCGGCGAGUGCCUUGGCUCGGGCGACCCCCACUGUGGCUGGUGUGUGCUGCACAACAUUUGCACCCGGAAGGAGCGGUGUGAGCGGUCCAAGGAGCCCCGCAGGUUUGCCUCAGAGAUGAAGCAGUGUGUCCGGCUGACGGUCCAUCCCAACAAUAUCUCCGUCUCUCAGUACAACGUGCUGCUGGUCCUGGAAACGUACAAUGUCCCGGAGCUGUCAGCUGGCGUCAACUGCACCUUUGAGGACCUGUCAGAGAUGGAUGGGCUGGUGGUGGGCAAUCAGAUCCAGUGCUACUCCCCUGCAGCCAAGGAGGUGCCCCGGAUCAUCACAGAGAACGGGGACCACCAUGUUGUACAGCUUCAGCUCAAAUCGAAGGAGACUGGCAUGACCUUCGCCAGCACCAGCUUUGUCUUCUACAAUUGCAGCGUCCACAAUUCGUGCCUGUCCUGCGUGGAGAGUCCAUACCGCUGCCACUGGUGUAAAUACCGGCACGUCUGCACCCAUGACCCCAAGACUUGCUCCUUCCAGGAAGGCCGAGUGAAGCUGCCCGAGGACUGCCCCCAGCUGCUGCGAGUGGACAAGAUCCUGGUGCCUGUGGAGGUGAUCAAGCCUAUCACGCUGAAGGCCAAGAACCUCCCCCAGCCCCAGUCUGGGCAGCGUGGCUAUGAGUGCAUCCUCAACAUCCAGGGCAGCGAGCAGCGGGUGCCCGCCCUGCGCUUCAACAGCUCCAGCGUACAGUGCCAGAACACCUCUUAUUCCUAUGAAGGGAUGGAGAUCAACAACCUGCCCGUGGAGUUGACGGUCGUGUGGAAUGGGCACUUCAACAUUGACAACCCAGCUCAGAAUAAAGUUCACCUCUACAAGUGUGGAGCCAUGCGCGAGAGCUGUGGGCUGUGCCUCAAGGCUGACCCAGACUUCGCAUGUGGCUGGUGCCAGGGUCCGGGCCAGUGCACCCUGCGCCAGCACUGCCCUGACCAGGAGAGCCGGUGGCUAGAGCUGUCUGGUGCCAACAGCAAGUGCACCAACCCACGCAUCACAGAGAUAAUCCCAGUGACAGGCCCCCGGGAAGGGGGCACCAAGGUCACUAUCCGAGGGGAGAACCUGGGCCUGGAAUUUCGCGACAUCGCCUCUCAUGUCAAGGUUGCUGGCGUGGAGUGCAGCCCUUUGGUGGAUGGUUACAUCCCUGCAGAACAGAUCGUGUGUGAGAUGGGGGAGGCCAAGCCCAGCCAGCAUGCAGGCUUCGUGGAGAUCUGCGUGGCUGUGUGUCGGCCUGAAUUCAUGGCCCGGUCCUCACAGCUCUAUUACUUCAUGACACUGACUCUCUCAGAUCUGAAGCCCAGCCGGGGGCCCAUGUCCGGGGGGACCCAAGUGACCAUCACAGGCACCAACCUGAAUGCCGGAAGCAACGUGGUGGUGAUGUUCGGAAAGCAGCCCUGUCUCUUCCACAGGCGAUCUCCAUCGUACAUUGUCUGCAACACCACGUCCUCAGAUGAGGUGCUAGAGAUGAAGGUGUCAGUGCAGGUGGACAGGGCCAAGAUCCACCAGGACCUGGUCUUUCAGUACGUGGAAGACCCCACCAUCGUGCGGAUUGAGCCAGAAUGGAGCAUCGUCAGUGGAAACACACCCAUCGCCGUAUGGGGGACCCACCUGGACCUCAUACAGAACCCCCAGAUCCGUGCCAAGCAUGGAGGGAAGGAGCACAUCAAUAUCUGUGAGGUUCUGAACGCUACUGAGAUGACCUGCCAGGCACCCGCCCUCGCUCUGGGUCCUGACCACCAGUCAGACCUGACCGAGAGGCCCGAGGAGUUUGGCUUCAUCCUGGACAACGUCCAGUCCCUGCUCAUCCUCAACAAGACCAACUUCACCUACUAUCCCAACCCGGUGUUUGAGGCCUUUGGUCCCUCAGGAAUCCUGGAGCUCAAGCCUGGCACGCCCAUCAUCCUAAAGGGCAAGAACCUGAUCCCGCCUGUGGCUGGGGGCAACGUGAAGCUGAACUACACUGUGCUGGUUGGGGAGAAGCCAUGCACCGUGACCGUGUCGGAUGUCCAGCUGCUCUGCGAGUCCCCCAACCUCAUCGGCAGGCACAAAGUGAUGGCCCGUGUCGGUGGCAUGGAGUACUCCCCGGGGAUGGUGUACAUCGCCCCGGACAGCCCGCUCAGCCUGCCCGCCAUCAUCAGCAUUGCGGUGGCUGGCGGUCUCCUCAUCAUUUUCAUCGUGGCCGUGCUCAUUGCCUAUAAACGCAAGUCCCGUGAAAGUGACCUCACGCUGAAGCGGCUGCAGAUGCAGAUGGACAACCUGGAGUCCCGUGUGGCCCUGGAGUGCAAGGAAGCCUUUGCCGAGCUGCAGACGGACAUCCAUGAGCUGACCAGUGACCUGGAUGGAGCCGGGAUUCCGUUCCUGGACUAUAGAACCUAUACCAUGCGGGUGCUGUUCCCAGGAAUUGAAGACCACCCUGUCCUCCGGGACCUCGAGGUCCCAGGCUACCGGCAGGAGCGUGUGGAGAAAGGCCUGAAGCUCUUCGCCCAGCUCAUCAACAACAAGGUGUUCCUGCUGUCCUUCAUCCGCACGCUUGAGUCCCAGCGUAGCUUCUCUAUGCGUGACCGUGGCAACGUGGCCUCACUCAUCAUGACCGUGCUGCAGAGCAAGCUGGAGUACGCCACUGAUGUGCUGAAGCAGCUGCUGGCCGACCUCAUUGACAAGAACCUGGAGAGCAAGAACCACCCUAAGCUUCUGCUCAGGAGGACUGAGUCAGUGGCUGAGAAGAUGCUGACCAAUUGGUUCACUUUCCUCCUCUACAAGUUCCUCAAGGAGUGUGCCGGGGAGCCCCUCUUCUCCCUGUUCUGUGCCAUCAAGCAGCAGAUGGAGAAGGGCCCCAUUGAUGCCAUCACGGGUGAGGCCCGCUACUCCUUGAGUGAGGACAAGCUCAUCCGCCAGCAGAUUGACUACAAAACCCUGGUCCUGAGCUGUGUCAGCCCGGACAAUGCCAACAGCCCUGAGGUCCCAGUAAAGAUCCUCAACUGUGACACCAUCACUCAGGUCAAGGAGAAGAUUCUGGAUGCCAUCUUCAAGAAUGUGCCUUGCUCCCACCGGCCCAAAGCUGCAGACAUGGAUCUGGAGUGGCGACAAGGAAGUGGGGCAAGGAUGAUCUUGCAGGAUGAAGACAUCACCACCAAGAUUGAGAAUGAUUGGAAGCGACUGAACACGCUGGCCCACUACCAGGUGCCAGAUGGUUCCGUGGUGGCAUUAGUGUCCAAGCAGGUGACAGCCUAUAACGCAGUGAACAACUCCACCGUCUCCAGGACCUCAGCGAGUAAAUAUGAAAACAUGAUCCGGUACACGGGCAGCCCCGACAGCCUCCGCUCACGGACACCUAUGAUCACUCCUGACCUGGAGAGUGGAGUCAAGAUGUGGCACCUAGUGAAGAACCACGAGCACGGAGACCAGAAGGAGGGGGACCGGGGGAGCAAGAUGGUGUCUGAAAUCUACCUGACCCGACUCCUGGCCACUAAGGGCACACUGCAGAAGUUUGUGGAUGACCUCUUUGAGACCAUCUUCAGCACGGCACACCGUGGCUCUGCCCUGCCCCUGGCCAUCAAGUACAUGUUUGACUUCCUGGAUGAGCAGGCUGAUAAGCAUGGCAUUCAUGACCCGCACGUCCGCCAUACCUGGAAGAGCAAUUGCCUGCCCCUGCGGUUUUGGGUCAACAUGAUCAAGAACCCGCAGUUUGUGUUUGACAUCCAUAAGAACAGCAUCACAGAUGCCUGCCUCUCUGUGGUGGCUCAGACCUUCAUGGACUCUUGCUCCACGUCAGAGCACCGGCUGGGCAAGGACUCGCCCUCCAACAAGCUGCUGUAUGCCAAGGACAUCCCCAGCUACAAGAACUGGGUGGAGAGGUAUUACUCGGACAUAGGGAAGAUGCCAGCCAUCAGUGACCAAGACAUGAAUGCAUACCUGGCUGAGCAGUCCCGGAUGCACAUGAAUGAGUUCAACACCAUGAGUGCACUCUCAGAGAUCUUCUCUUACGUGGGCAAAUACAGCGAGGAGAUCCUUGGACCUCUGGACCACGACGACCAGUGCGGGAAGCAGAAACUGGCCUACAAACUAGAACAAGUCAUAACCCUCAUGAGCUUAGACAGCUGAGAACCGUCCUUCCAGGGCCGCCCUGGAGGGGGACACACCAAGCCGUGCCUCAGUCUAGAUUAUCAUCUUUACCAAGUGCAAGUUCCGACUGGCAUCAGCAGCAUCCCCUGAGCAGCGCUGUUUCUCUCUCUUUCUCUCUGCCUCUUUCUGUUUCCCCUCCUUCCUGGAUCUCUUCUCUUCCAGUUGCUCUGCCAACACAAUUGGACCAAGCCACUGACCCUCAUUUAGUCCAAGAAUGGCCAGGCCCAUGGCAAGGGAGCUAACCAGAAGAUGUCAGAGGGGCCUCUGUCUCCCAGGUGCUCCUGACCCCGUGCAUGUCAGCAGCAGGGUGCAAAUAAUGAAUGAGGAGCCAGGGACAGGGGACGUUUCUGUGCUGCUACUUCGCCUUCCACUUUGGCAGCACCCACUUUGGUCUGAGCCUUGGCCUAGGGAAGAGGCAAGGAAGGAGUUCAGUAUUAUCUUUACUGGGAAGACAUCACCUGGCUCCCCCUUCCCACAGUUUCAUCUCCAGUGGUUCUGCCAAUGGUCUGAUUGCUUUGCAGCUGUGAGAAGAAAGGCCAUACCUCCUGCAUGUGGCUGGAGCAGGGCAUGUGUGAGCAGCUGGGAGGUGCUCCUUGAGGCUCCCUCUCCCUACUGGGCUGGUGUCCAGAGGCUUCUUGUCCUUUUCCAGGUCUCCAGAGGGACCUGCCUGCCCUGCCUGCUCCCCCGCCAGUAGAAAGCCAGGCAGGAGAAAGAAUAGCAAUUACAUUCCACCAUGGAGAUGCUCCUAACCUUUUCAUCUGAAUCCUAGCAGCAGAAAUGUAACACAGAGGGGGAGAAAAGGAAAGAGAGUUGCAUCUACCCUGGAAGCAGAAUUUGUUUUCCAUUUACCCGCAAAUUCAAAUGAGUCACAAUCAUAGUCAUAGGUCUAGUCCAUUACCAGAGCCCUGAGUGCUGUCAAGAGAAAGCAUCUAUCUCCACCCUCCUUUGUCACCCUUCAUCAAGGCUCAACGUGAAAUGCAGAGUGCAUCUAGGAGAUUCUACCUCCAGCCAUCUCCAUGGCUCCAUCCCCACCAUCCUUCCUGAGAACUCCAUAGAUGGCUGGGGCCAACAGCCUAGUCCUUGUUCCCUCUGCAGAAUCUGGUGCCAUUGCUAUGCAGAUGACUUUGUCACUGGGCUGUCCAGACCUCUUUGAGAAUGAUUUCAUCAACAUCUCAGCUGUCUCUUUCAUCAUUCUCCUUCCUCAUCUCUUCAGCAGUCAUCCUUGAAAGAAACAGACUUAAGCACAGCCUCACGGAGACAGCCCAAAAUGCCAGCCAACCUCAGCCUCCAGCUUGUCAGGUCUGGGAGGGACAAAGAGUCAAGCUGAUGGGCCUGGCUGGAAUUGAGAAGAGCAACAUACAAAUGACCUUGGCCUUGGCAUCCAUCUCCCCAUCUGUUCUUACAUCUACAGAUGCACCAUUUUAGCCAGGCAGGCAAAUGUGUGCCUAGAAAUGGAUACUAGGUAAGCAGAGGCUAUGGGGAGAGAUGGUCUAAUGGAAGGUUCUAGGAACCUUUCAUCCUAAGGAGACCUCAGGUGCUGUCUGGUCCGGUCUCCCACCCUAAGCAGUAGUCUCUGUUAGCACCUCUGCUCUGGAGUUGUUCACCACUAUGGGAGACAAGGAGAAACAUCUUAGGUGAGGUUGAGGAGAAGGAUUCACAGUCUUGCCUUCAGUCCCCAAACAUCAGACAUCGUUCCUUGUCACCCACUCAGAAUGAGCCCCCCUUGGGGAAAAAACCACACCAUUUCCAGCAAAGUCCAUGGAGCAUCCGGUACUUUUAAGAAUACUUGCCCCUUUGGAUAUGAAUAUGUGCACAUGUGUGUGAGCACAUGUGCAUGCAUGUGUGUCUGUGUCUGCCCCAGGUGUAGGCGGAAAGCUCAAAAGGAUUCCUUGUCCUUUGUAGGAGGAUUUUUGAAGUGUUCCCCUUCUCUCUCCCCUUGCUCAUCCAUUCAUCCUGCAGCUUCAGGACAUUUCAACACUUACUUGCUUUCUAUGCUGAGAGCUGGUGGGUGGAAGGAGAGGGCACUUGUCCAUAGGAAAUCAGGGUGGUCACCUGCCGAGGCCUGGACCUUGGAACAGGGCAUCAUGUGACGUCACAGAGGACAGAUGGUGGAAAAGACAUGAGCAACCUAACGGGAAGAGGAAAAUGGGAAACAAUGCAUUGGAAGAGGAAGAAAAAAAAUAACCAAAGGUUUUGGCAAGUGCAGUACCAGGUGGAGAAGCUUGGCUUUUCUAUCCUUGAUCAUUUUAUUCCCUCGCAAGAAGUCAGUCACAGGACCUGGAAGGCCAGAAAGGGUGCAUGUGGGAGACGGUCUGAGGAAGUACCUCGGUCACUACAAUAUUUUUGCACAUAUAAAAGGUUGGGGAGGAAAGAGACACAAACGUAUUUAACGCAGAUUUGCUGGAUGGAAGCUGCGUGUGUGAACGUGUGUAUGAGUGAGUGCAUUGUUUUUUUUUUUUUUUUUUGCACAGUUAAGAGAAAAAAUCGAACAAGCAGAAAAAAAAGAAAAAAGACUUAUCACAGUUCUGCUGAAGCUUUUAUUUUUUACCAGAUGAUUAUUGUUAUUGUUACUUUGGUGGUACAGGACUUUAUUUUUUUCCAUGUUUUUGUUAUAAGAAAAACUUCAAACACCUCAGAGAAAUAGAAAGGUUAGGAAGAAAGAGGAGACAAGGACAGACAAAUUUUCUGGCUGUCCCCAUUUCUCCUGGGGGAGGGGUUUGGGGCCGGUUUGACUUUAAUUAGUGGGUGGGUUGUUUCUGUCGCUCUGUUUGCUGCAGUCCCCAUGGCCUGCUUGGGGACUGAGAAAUUUGAGCCAGGUAUCCAGAGCCACAGCCCAUCUUGCUUAUAAAAAUUAUCUUUUCUUUUGC